AUGAAGAAAAAUUUAGUGAUUGAACCUGAUUAAUCAAAUUCAAUUCAAUAGACUAUAUUUCGUAAUGGUGUCUCUGUUCUACCUAUGCUAGUAAAGAAGAAUAGCAUUGGUUUGGCAUUAGAGAACAUCCCAAGAACAUAAACUUUUUCAAGAUAAAUGCAGCAAUCAUGCCAUAAUGAUAGUGUAUAAUAAUCUCGAACACCAACAAUGAAAAAUGAUUCAUUUUAUGGUAAUAUUUUUAAGAAACCAACUGUUAUAAAAAAACCAACUUUUAAUUUAACAAAGCCCAAUAGUGAUUUUAAUUGGCCACUUUUCAAAAUAAAGAAUGAUCCAUUAACAAAAUAAUUUUGGGAUAGAAGAACAAAUAAGGAUUUGGAAAAGAAUUGGGUAUUUGAAGACUACAUUUUUGCAAGCAAUAUGCUAAGAAUAGGAAAAAAGAAAAAGAUAGUCAAAGGUUAUUUUUAUAGAUUGACAAGUUCUGGCUUAUUAAUGUACUAUAAAAAAGUAUAAAAUUGCUUUAUUUAAAAGGAGUCAGACACAUUACCAAAAGGCUUUAUAUAAUUGGAUAUGUAGAUUAGAAUAGUUGUAAGUUUUCAAAAGACAAAAAGAAAUUUAUAGUUACCUGUAUUGUAUUUAGAAAGAAAUCAAGGUAUAGGAAUAACUAUUUUUGAUCAUCUUAUUGAUUAAACAUUAAAAUUAGGAGAGUAGAUUCAAUAAUUUUGUUUAAUGAGAGGAUUUAAUGUUUUAUACGAAUAAUUAGAAUUACUUGGUAGUGGUGCUUUUGCAUCAGUUUUUAAGGUAACUAGGAAAAGAGAUGAAAAGUAUUUUGCUGCAAAAACAUAUUUCAAAUAAUUUUAUGAUGAUCAUCCACAUAAAGAUAGAUUGCUUGUAAAAAUAUUUAUUUAAAUAUAGGUUAGUCAAUGGUUUACAAUGAAAUUACAACUCUUAAAAAUGUUGAUCAUUAAAAUAUAAUGAAACUUUAUGAAGUAAUAUAAGAAAAAGAUAAAUUGAUAUUAAUAAUGGAAUAUUGUGCUGGAGGAACUUUAUAUUCUUAUGUGAAAUAAAAAGUUAAAUUUAAUGAUAAACACUAUGCUUAUAUAUUAAAGUAAUUAUGUGAUGCUCUAUAUGAGAUGCAUAGAUUAAAUUUUGUACAUAGAGAUUUAAAAUUAGAAAAUAUUAUGUUAGAAUCAAAAGACUAUUUAUAAUUAAAAUUAGUUGAUUUUGGUUUCUCUGAAAUUAUUAAUGAAAAAUAAUUAGUUAGUUAGGCAGGAACCCCUGGUUUUCUUCCUCCAGAAAUAUUUAGAUAAAUACCUUAUACUGCUAAAAGUGAUAUCUUUAGUUUGGGCGUAAUUAUGUAUUUGGUAUGCAUUAAUGUUUAUUAAGAUUGUUGCUGGAUAUAUGCCAUUUAAAGCACCUACUGCCACAUAAAUCUUAGAGUUAAAUCGAAAAUGCUAAGUUAAUUUUGAUAAAUCUCCUUGGUAGGAUGUUAAUCCAGAUUUAAAAUAUUUAAUUAAAAAGAUGCUUGAAUUUAAAAUCGAAGAUAGAAUAAGUUGCUAAGAAAUUUUAGAGAGCCCUUACAUUUUAUAUCAUUCACGUUAGACUUCAGAAACUAAUUAUAAGUCUAACUAAAUCUUAAGUGGACUAGAAUUGGAUAAAUGUAACAGGCAAUCAAUGAAAAGUAUUAAAUAAAGUGAAUAAUCUAAUGAUAGAAGCAAAGAAUUUUAAUUAGAUUUUUCAAUUCAUACAAAUGAUAUUAAAUCUCUCUAUUAAAGGAAUUCUUAAAAAACUAAUAAAUCUAAUCGAUCAAUAAAUUCCUUAGCUAAAAAUUCAUCAUAAAAAAAAAUAUCACGAUCAGUGCCUAAAGAAUGCUAGCUCUCAAAAUUUUAAAGUACAAAAAAAAUGGAAGAUUAGGAAUCACAUAAAAGUUAAAGCAAAAAAUAGAGUUCUUUUGGAGAUGUUUUGAUAUGUAAAUCAUAUGAUUAUGAUUUAAAUAGAAUAAGAUCAAAAGAUAAUAACAUUUGAAGACACAGACUCUUUAAAAUUGGAAUAGAUUCUAUAUUUAAAAAGAUCUGGAGUAGUAUUUAAUAAAGUUAAAAAACCAUUCAUUUAACCUUCCAACCAAGACAACUGA